AUGCUUCAAGGUCUGUUCCUCGCGGCGUUGUCCGCUUCUGCCGCCUUUGCAGCGGUGAUCCCAACCGUCGAGCCCGUGGUGGAUCUUGUUGCCGAGCCCGUGGCCGUGGCUGGGGUCGAGGCGCGUGAUACCUGCGUCUAUACCUGUGGUUCAGUGUGUUAUUGGCAAGUGGACAUUGACGAGGCACUGGCUGAGGGCUACAAGGACUACAAGGCGGGCUCCGCCCCAGGUGGUUAUCCUCACCAGUACAAUAAUUACGAAGGGUUCAGCUUUCCGACCGCGGCGCCAUGGUAUGAGUUCCCAAUCCUUUCAACGUACAAGGUCUACACAGGCGGUUCUCCUGGCGCGGAUCGGAUUGUUUUCGACACGAAGGGAAACUUUGAUGCAUUGAUCACCCACACUGGUGCAUCUGGCAAUGACUUUGUUGCCUGCAAGAAGGCUUAG